UUCUGAUUUUCGCUAUUUUUUCCCCAGCAUUCGCAAUACGUAUUCAGCUCACUGAAGUCUGACGUACUCGCUUCACAAUAUUCGAUUCUUUGUAUUUGUCGGGCAGCCACCACAGAGAACAGACAUCCAAGUCCAGUUCCAAAACUGUGUAAGGACGGUCAUUUGCAAUGGCAACACAAGUAGGACCAUCGUGGUGGCGCUGCAACAAAAACCUCAAAAAUUGAUUAUGAAGUGUUUCAUAAUAUAAACUAAACCUAAAAACUUAGUUUUACUAGAAGUCGGUGGUGUGUUUGAGCAUCGACUCCUCGUGUACUCAGACAAAUAAACCUAAGAUUAUCAUAAGGUCUAACUCAGUGAUGCUCAUCCUGCGGCCCGCGGGUCGCAUGCGGCCCUUCAAGCCUUAAGAUGCGGCCCGCGGAGUACUUUGAGACGAAUCGAACUUUUUGAACGAUUAUUUGAAAUAACUCGUUAAAUUUAUUAAAAAAUCAAACAAACAAAAAUUGCUGAUCAAUUUUCACAGUGUUGAACACAAAUUAAUGAUAAAUAAACAAAAAGAACAAUCCGUUCUGGUAAGAUUCGAAAUCGCAACUCCGAAAUAUUUCGACAUUUCAGCUAAGCCACGAAGCCAUCUUAUAGUUAUUUAUAAGUGGUACGAAUCAAAUGAAAGUUUGUUAAAAAUGUAAUCUUGAAUCAUUUUAAAAUUACUUGCAGUUUUUAAGCGCAAUCAAUGCAACGCUGAGAAAAUAUUUCACACUUCGCCUUUCCGAAGAACAAAAAAACACAAAGCACGAAGUUUUUGACAAAAUUCUCAUCAAAUCGCAACUUGGUUGCCAAUAUUGUUUAAUUUUCACUGUUUGUUUAAAUUUAUGUUAUAAGACUCACACAUUUUUCGAAACAAAACUUACGAAUCCAAUUUGAAUUGUCCAAGCGAAGCUCUUGAACGAACUUAAAGAAAAAAAUCUCAGACGAGAUUCAUAAAGCGUCUCCUGUGCCCUUUUGAAGAAACUUUUGGAUGCAUUUUUGGAGAAACUCCAGGAACAUUAUUGGAGAAAAAAAAAUAUAUAGGAGCAUAUCCUAAAAAAAUGUUCUGUUGCCACUCUAACAGAAAUUUCUUAAACAACUUUAAAAUAAAUUCUUCGAGCAACAAAAAGAGAAUUUUCAAGAGUAACAAAAGAUGCAGGAAAGAUGAGGAAAUAAAUUUGAAGCAACUUAUGCAGCAAUUUUAGAAGAUGAUGUCGAUAAAACUUCCGGAAACAAUUGUUAGAAAUCUAAUUUUUGAAGAAAUUUAAUGAUGAAGUAUUUCAUCAACUUUAGAAGAGACUUAUGGAAAGAAUUUACUAAAAUCUUCAAGAAACUCCUGGAAAAUUUUCGGAAAAAUCCGGAAGCUAUUCUAGGAGAAAUUCUUGGAAACGGUGAUUAUGAGGAACUCCUGAAGUAACUUCAGGGCAGUUCCAAAGGCAAAUCUAAGAGGAGCUCUUGGAGGUGUUCCAAGAUAAUUCUAGAAAAACUGAAAGAAACUUCAAGUAAUUUCUCAAAAACCUUCUGGAGCAACUCCACAAGAAAUUUCAGGAGAAAAUCCAGCAAACCUUUUUGGAGCGGUUCAAAAGAAAUUCUUGUAAAAGCAGCUUGACAAGUUCUUGAAGUGGCUUCAAGGCAAUUCUAGGGGCAACUUCUAAAUUAGUUUUUAGAAUUUCAAUUUGAAACUCAAACGUUUUUCUCAACCAUACUUAUGAUUCUAAAUUGAACAGUUCAGAUUUUUAUUAAAUAUGCUUUAGAAUUAUUCUUUUUGUGGUUUUUGUGCAUCGAUGCUUUAUGCGGCCCGCAUGUUGAUCCCGAAUUUCAAAUUUGGCCCGUGGUAUCCUCCAGCCUGAGCACCACUGGUCUAACUUAUGAAAUGGCCUUUGAACAAUUCAUAACGGCUAGAACGAUUUUCAUAAGGUCGGUCUAUGACGCAGAAUCGACUCACAGUUUGGCUUUUAUACACAUUUAGGGCCGAUUUCUUCACCUCGGCUUAACCGGUAAGCCAGGCUUACCCAUAUAGUUAAACCUGGUUUAACGCUUAAGACAGGGUGAAGAAAUCGACCCUUAGCAACACGAUAUUCUCAAGCGUCGAUAGCCGCGUGGGUUGGGCACGAGCUCAGUGAUCUCGACGUUCAUGGAUCGAUUCCAGUCUGCAUCAUUUUGUGAUUUUUCUGCUCUUUUCAUAAGUUUAUCUUAUGUUAGGUCAUAAUUAGCAUGUUCAAUUUUCAUAAGGUAUUCUUAUGGCAUCCAUACUUUACAGUUAUGGCUAAAUUUCAUAAGGUAUUUCGAUGAAUUUCGGUAGUUUACUUCGCUGAGUGUGCAGUGCAGUGUUUGGACAUGUCUGGAUGUCUGUGACCAAUCCGGACGUCGCACAAGUGAGUCGCGACGCGACCCGACUCGCGACGUAUUCUGAACCAUUUCGGGAGUAGUGCGCAUCUAUGUUUCUUUGUUUCGUUAAGGCUUAGGCCGGGGUGGCCUCUGCUGUACAUAGUAGCCGUCUCCAUUCCACUCGGUCCAUGGCUGUUUGUUUCCAGUUCCGCCCUUUGCGUAGGGUCCGCAGAUCGUCCUCCACUUGGUCGACCCACCUAGCUCGCUGAGCACCACGUCUUUUCUUGUACCGGUCAGAUGACUCUCGAGAAUCAUUUCAGUCGGGUUGCUAUCCGAUAUCCUGAUGACGUGACCGUCCACCGUAGCUUCCCGACCCGUGACCCGUGAUAGAUGAGGGCUUGACAGUAGAAUAUACAAUUUGAUAUGCGUUCACAAGUUACGGGACCUAUGCUCGCAACAUGUAAACGAUCCUAUUAACAACAUACCCCUUUUCACUAAACGGCAAACAUCAUUAAAGAAUAACUAGAAAAUGACGAACAAAUUCCUUUUAAUUCCACUACAUUGCUAAUGUUUGGACAGAUAGUCCAAGUCAACAGACACUUGUGAAAAAAGUUACACGUUUGGCAAUUCUUGCCAACAAAUGAAAUUUCAUUAUUGACGAUUUGUACGUUAUCUAGCUUUUUACGCUGGCCUGCCAUAAAAUCUGAAUCACCCCCUUCUGACGUUUCUUGCCGACACUAUAAAACCAUUAUGGUUUAGUCAAAGCAAGCCUGGUGCUGUUGAAUAUGAGACGAAGUGAAACGUCAAAAAUUUUCACUUGUGUUGUGUUUCAGAAAUAGGAAUUAUUUUGUUUUUGUAAUUUCUAAGAUAAUUCAAGUUGAUUGAGUUUAUUUUUCUUAUUUUAGGUACCAAAUAUAGGAAUCCAAUAUCGUCAAAUGCAUGGAAAUAUACCCAAAUUGCCCAGCAUCUCAGACCAAUACGCAACUUAAGAUCAGGAAUGUUGUGCACGCCGCGCCACCCUAGGCGCCGAGCGGUUGUGACGGUUUCUUGUCACUUUUUUUUAACUGUUAUUAUAUUGGAGAUUUUUCAAAUUAUACCAGAUGUAAAAGAAUUGUUCUUAUUAAACUACACUGAUCUGAAAACAGAGGGAAGCUAGGAGGGAAGCCUGACCGGGCCCUAGCCUAAAAAACCUUGAAAAGACUCUGACCAAUUUAAAUGUGGUUUUCAAUAUACCAGUUCGAGUCACGUUCAAGCCACGACUAAGCGAGAAUUGCGUCGUAACGUGAACAGUUUUAAACAUAAUCUACCAACAAUCCGUCUAGACAUUGCCUAAUAUACGACUCGGCGUAUUAAGAACAACCUUUCAAAAUCAAAUCCGUUAUUUUGCGUCAAGAAUCUCCCCCCUUUCUCUUUACACGAUCUUGCCCCACCCCCAAAUAUGAAAUAAUUUUAAACUAAUUGAUGCUUUCGUGGAGAUCCAAAAUGGCAAACUGGGCAAAUUGCAUAGGGUACUGCAAGCACCUGAUCUAACCUCACUUUGUUUGACAGUUCAGAGAGCUGUUUACAAGGUGUUAGAAUUUUUAGCGAGCGGCGAAAAUAAAAUUCAAGGUUUUCGUCCCGAAACCAUUGUGUCGGCAACUGGCAACACGGUUUCAGGUGAGCCGACGAACGCCCAAUGUUAAAACGCUGUCAGUCCGAAGCGAACGCAAGCACACAGCGGAAGUCGGGUCUGACAACCUUGCAAACUGCGCUCGACAGGCAGAACUGGAAAAGUCGUGCGCCGAGGAAGAACCUCCAUUAAGCAUACUGUUAAUAUUUUCAUCUUUUAUCUAUUUUCACCAUAUUUGUACUGUUUUUUAAAUCAUAACACUGAAAAAUCUUCAAGCUGUAUUGCUGCAAGAAAUAAAAAUGGCGAUCUGCUAAAAGGAAUCAGUGUUUUGUCUAUCUCCCGGAACAAAACUUGAAGAUUUUUCAACAUGUCUACCGGAAAUCGCGGAGGAUUUCAACGUCCGGGCAAUGCCCCAUCUACGGAGGAACAUAAUUGUGUUUCAUGCGACCGGCCGGAUUCCUUUGACGAUUUAGUCCAAUGCGAUGAAUGCGAUAGCUGGUGGCACAUGCAGUGCGCAUCGGUAACGCCAUCAAUCGCCGAACGAGAUGAGCGCUUGCACGCUGACGUCAUCAUUGUCUCGUUCUCUUUCUUUCCUUCGGCGUCGGUCCAUAAAGCCGUCCUUGCCCUCAAAAAAAAUUUGAGGGCAAUGUUUACAAAUCGUAUGAGAAUUCGAUGAGGUUAUGUUUUUGGUGCAAGCCUCUAUUGGAUCUGCAACAAUUGUCAAAAACAUGGUCAAAAAUUCCAGUCUGCAGCCAGCGGCAGUCAAGCUACAUCAGCUAGUUCGCGCGCAGCCAGGAUUGACUUGAAGCUACAACAGUUGGAAGAACAGAGGUCCAUCGAAAAGCGAGAAUUGGAGGCAGAAAAGCGUUUUCUACAACAGAAGUACGAGCUGUUGCAGUCGAAACUGGACGAAGAAGAGGACGACCGGAGCGUCCGCAGUCGAUUGAGUCGACACACAAGCAUGCAGCAGGUAACACAAUGGCUAACAGAUCCAGCGAAUCAAGCAGAAGAUGCCGGCGGUACACAUCUGCGCGGCCAAGCAGCGAGUCCGCGGACAUUGCGAUACGAAGCUCACACCCACAAACAAUCACUACCAAGCGUAUGUAAACAACUCCCAUCGUCCGUCAUCAAUCAGCAGCAGCAAACUACCGACACGAUUUCGAAGACAGGUCCGACAGAGUUGGAACUACCCAUUCAACGAGCCAGGAAACCAAACGCAAUUAGUCCUGAGAAUGUCGUCCCGGUAUUGCGACAGCGGAGAGCCAUCGUAGGUAACGACCCAGCGUUUCUCCCCCGCAUCGAACCGGUCGAACCAGGUGAGCCACAUGGUGUUGUCCCGGUGCUGCGACAACAGGAAGUCGUAGGAAGUACCGAUGCAGCACUUUUCCCCCCCGUCCAAUCAGGUAAGCCACACAUUUAUCCAACCACAGCCGACGUUGUGCAAUCAGAGUAUUACCAGCCACUCCAAAGAAUGACGUCACAGUUCGAAAACAUUAAUUUUCAAAAUUCUCCACCGAUCGGGUUGGUGUCACGUGAUGCACCGAUUGUUGAACAUUCAGUACUUACCCCCUCGCAGUUAGCGGCUAGACAAGUUCUGCCGCGUGAUUUGCCUGCAUUUUAUGGUGACCCUGCUGAUUGGCCCAUAUUCAUAAGCAGUUAUAAUAACUCGACGGCUGCUUGUGGAUUUAGCAAUGUCGAGAAUUUGGCCCGUCUGCAGAGGUGUCUCAAGGGAUCUGCUUAUGAGUCUGUUAAAAGUCGUUUACUACUCCCGGAAUCUGUCCCACAAGUCCUCACUACCCUUCAAUUGCUCUACGGUCGUCCAGAGCUUCUGGUUCACGUUCUACUCGAUAAAGUUCGUACUGUUCCGGCUCCGAAAGCCGAACGAUUGGACACUCUAAUUGAUUUCGGGCUAGCAGUGCAAAGUCUAUGCGACCACCUUGAAGCCGCGAAACAAGAAGCACACUUGUCGAAUCCGUCUCUCCUCAUGGAACUCGUUGAAAAACUUCCCGCUCAUGUGAAGCUCGAAUGGGCAGGGUAUAUGCAACAGUGCCAGGUAGUUGAUUUGAAAACAUUCGGUAAUUUCAUGUCAAACGUGGUGGUAUCCGCGAGCAAAGUAACGUUGUACAGUGGUGCAUUUAGAAAUAGUGCGUCUGAAAAGUCGAAGCCGAGGUCGCGAGCAUCAAUUAACGCACACAGCAGUGAAGGUCAACUGGAUCAAGAGCAGGAACGCGGCUGUUAUGUUUGUAAAGUUCCUGGUCACCGUGUCAGCGAAUGUGAAGUGUUUGGGUCGUACUCGGUGGAUGAACGUUGGAAGGCCAUACAAACCAAUGGCCUCUGUCGUAGCUGCUUGAAUGCACACGGCAGGAGAAGCUGUCGCAGUGCUUCAGUAUGUGGCAUAAAUGGCUGUGGAUAUCGUCACAAUCGCUUGCUACAUGCAAAUAAAUCAGCAGCAGCAGUAACGACUUCGUCAGCACUCGCUGAGAACCACACUCACCUUCAAGCAAAGCAACAGUUGCUCUUCCGAAUCGUCCCUGUGACCUUGUAUGGACCGCGUGCAACAGUCGACACCUACGCAUUUCUCGAUGACGGGUCAUCAUUGACGUUGAUUGAGGAUAGUUUGGUGGAACAACUUGGUAUGGAAGGAAGGAAUGAGCCAUUGUGUCUACGUUGGACGGGCAAUAUGACCAGAGUGGAAUCUAACUCUCGAGUGGUACAGUUGGUUAUUUCUGGAGCGGCAGGUAAGAAGUUCCAAGUUGAUGAUGUUCAAACAGUGAAAGAACUUGCACUCCCCCGACAAGACCUCGACGUUGACAAGAUCGCCGCACAGUUCCAGCACCUCCGAGGAGUUCCGGUAAGUAGUUAUCAGAAUGCAGUGCCUCGUCUAUUGGUGGGUGUCAAUAACCUCCAUUUGUCCGUUCCGUUGAAGACGAAGGAGGGCAAAUUCGGAGAACCAGUGGCUGUAAAAACCAGAUUAGGCUGGUGCGUGUUUGGGGGUAAAGGAUGUCCUACAUCGACGCAAUCUAUGAAUUACCAUUCAUGUGAAUGCGAAGGAAGCAAAACACUCAACGAAACGGUCAAGAGUUAUUUCACCAUGGAAGACACAGGAGUCCACCCCAUUCCGGAAUCACGUGAAGAUGAAAGAGCUAAACAGAUCCUGAAAGCAACGGCAAAGCGUAUUGGAAACAAAUUUGAAGUAGGUCUUUUGUGGAAAUUUGAUGGUGCCGAAUUUCCAGAUACGUUCGGGAUGGCUUUCCGGCGGCUUGAGUGUCUGGAGCGAAGGACCCCAAACUUCACGAAAGUCUUCACCGACAAAUUAAGGAGUACCAAUCAAAGGGAUACGCGCAUCGGGCUAGCGAUUUGGAACUGAAAAAUAUGGACC